UACCUUCUUGCUACAUCUUUUUGUCUGAUGAACGGUUGAACUCACCAGCAAUGGAAGUGUGGCCCAGAAAGUGCCACUGACUUGGUCUCUCAUCAGCAGCACCACGUCAGACAGCGAUCUUCUUCGUGCCACACCUUCGACCAGAUCUCACCUUCGAGCGUACGUCUCUGACCAUACUUUUCUUUUCCUCUAAACGGCUGCUUUGCAACAUCUCCGCCUCUACGUUACACAAAAUUGUUACGGUUUGACGUUUUGCAGGCCCAUCCGCCAUGGUUAAAAUUUCCGUCCUCCAGCAUAACCCCUCAUCGCAUCUCCCAGCUCGCCCAGGAGAUCCAACACCAACUCAACGUAAUCUCGAUCCACUUAUGCACCCUUUCUCUCGAGCAAGAGAACGCACUCGCGCUUUGAACGCCGCAAAAAUGGAACGUAUGUUUGCAAAGCCUUUCGUGGCGAGUCUGGAGGGACAUGUGGAUGCGGUGUCGGUUAUGAAGAGGAAGCCUGGGAGUGUAACGGAUAUUGCGAGUGGCAGUUGGGAUGGAGAAAUCAUCGUUCAUGAUGUUGGAAGGAGAGCCCACGUUGCGAGGGCGCCGAACGCGCACAAGGGGAAGGUCUCAGGUCUAUGCUGGGCGGACCAAACAAGGGUAUUGAGUUGUGGUGUCGAUAACAACGUGAAGAUGUGGGAUAUGCGGCCAUUAGUGGACGAUGUUGACGGGACAGGUGCUGGCCCAUCAGAACGGAAACCGAUGCGAGUAUUCCCCGGGAAGACCGCCUUUCAAUCCAUAGACCACCACCGUCAUGACCCCGUAUUCGCCACGGCAUCAAAUAUUGUGCAAGUCUGGGACGAGACAAAGAGCACCCCGAUAACCAACCUAACAUUCCCUACUUCAGUGGAGACCAUCACCGACGUUCGCUUUAACGCUUCAGAACCUUCUGUCCUUGCCAGCAUAGGCACAGAUCGAACCUUCACGCUUUAUGACAUACGAACAGGGAAGGCUGAGAGGAGAGUAGUCAUGCAGAUGCAAAACAACUCGCUAGCAUGGUCCCCUACGUUCCCGACAAGUAUCCUGCUCGCCUCAGAGGACCACAAUCUCUACACAUUCGACAUUCGGAAACUCGAGACGCCAUCACAGAUCUAUAAGGCGCACGUCGCUGCGGUCAUCUCAUGUGAUUGGAGUCCUACGGGGACUGAGUUUGUGAGCGGAGGCUGGGACAGGACGGUGAGGAUAUGGCAGGAAGGACGAGGGACAGCGCCAGAGGUUUAUCACACGAAACGGAUGCAGAGAGUUUUGUCCACGAUGUUUACGGCGGACGCGAGAUUCGUGCUAUCUGGUUCGGACGAUGGGAAUGUUAGGAUAUGGAAGGCAAAGGCACAUGAGAAGCUUGGCAUUGUCACUGCGAGAGAGAGGGCAGCUAUCGAGUACCGUGACAGCCUCAAGGACAAGUGGAAAAUGGACACGCAAGUCAACAAGGUCUCGAGGACCCGCCAUAUACCGAGACCAGUAUACAAGGCUGCAGAACUCAAGAGGACCAUGUUGGACGCUCAACGUGUCAAGGAGGAGAGAAGAAGAAAACACACGAGGGCGGGCGAGAGCAAACCCAAGGCAGAGAGAAAGAAAAUCGUUGUGGCAGAGCAGACCUGAGUGGAACCGCCUUGUUCCUAUCAUUUUCACGCCACGCCAUCCUGAUGGUUGUCUUCGCGUAUGGUUGCACCAUUCUAUGCAACUCCUACUUUCCAGUUGCAUUAUCUGAAUUUUCACCCAAAGUUUGAGGUGCUGGCGUGGCGAGUGUGGCAAUAACCUGUCUGGCAACUUCCGAGUCAUGUGACUGUUUCUCGUCUUCUCGAGACCCGCGUCGCAGGUCUCUUUUGGUCUAUCAGUGCCUUCUACCUCUCGCAUUUCUUCUU